AUGGCAGCAGUUGGCAGGGAUGCAAAUGACCAGAUGUACCCUGUUGCAUGGGCUAUUAUGGAAGGAGAGAACAACUCCUCUUGGGAGUGGUUUCUGACCCAGGUGAGGGAGGCUCUCAGCUUAGGUGAAGGAGAUGGUCUCACCAUUGUUUCAGAUGAGCAUCUGGUCAUACUAAGUAGUGUGAAGGCAGUCUUUCCAAACUGUGAGCAUAGGCACUGUGCCAGGCAUAUUUUUGCCCAUUGGCACAAGGUACACAAAGGAGAUGACAUGAAACUCAUGUUUUGGAAGGCUGCUAAAGCAUAUUCUUUAGCAGAUUACAAUGAAGCUUUAGCAGAAAUGGAGGCAGAAAACCCUAAUGCUGUGACUGAUUUCAAAGCUCACAACUCUAAAGUAUUUUGUAGGGCAUUUUUAGAUACUACAACCAAAGUGGAUGUCAUUACUAGCAACUUAUCUGAGACUUUUAAUGGCUACAUAAUAAAUGCCAGGACCAAACACUUGAUAUAUUUAUUAGAAGACAUUAGGGUAGGUUUGAUGCAGAGAUUGGUUGUUAAAAGACAAGCCAUGGAGGGUAGUUCUGCACAAUUAUGCCCUAGAAUAACAUCAAGGUUGGAAAAAGAGAAAGAAUGGGCUGCCAACUGCACUCCCAUACCAUCCACCAAUACAGUUUUCCAAGUGAACCAUGGCAUGGAUAGCUUAACUGUAGAUCUGCAAGCAAGGUCUUGCACUUGCAAGAAGUGGGACUUAACUGGCAUCCCUUGUUGCCAUGCAGUUUCAUGCAUUUUCUUCUGCCACAAGGAUGCAGAAGAUUAUGUUUCUGGCUACUACACCAGGGACAUAUAUUUGCAGUCUUAUGGAGGUUCAAUCCCACCUGUUGUUGGUGAUAGACAUUGGCCAAAGAUCAACUCCCCUCUGAACCCACCCCAAUAA